GGCAGCAGCCUGCGCGGUGCCUUCUGGGAACGGAAUCCCCAGGGCUGCCCCUGGCCCCCAUGGCGCAUGCGCGGGAGGCCGCUCGGUGAUCCGCGGCGGCGGCGGCGGCGCUUCCUGCUAGGACCGGCCGGGGCCGUACCGGAGGCUCGGGCUCCACCGACCCUCCUCCCACUCCCUCCCACUCACCCUCUGGGCCGCGACUGCGCAGGGCGGGGCCGGCCGAACCAUGGGCCGCGGUGUGGGCUAAGCCGGAGGCCCCGGCUUUAGACUGGACCCCACAAUGUUUGCAGAGAUGUUCAGGCACGUGGGAGCUGAUUACACACAAUGAAUGGGGGCAAUGAGAGCAGUGGAGCAGACAGAGCUGGGGGCCCUGUGGCCACAUCUGUCCCCAUCGGCUGGCAGCGCUGUGUUCGAGAGGGUGCUGUGCUCUAUAUCAGCCCAAGUGGCACAGAGCUGUCUUCCUUGGAGCAAACCCGGAGCUACCUCCUCAGCGAUGGGACCUGCAAGUGCGGUCUGGAGUGUCCACUCAAUGUCCCCAAGGUUUUCAACUUUGACCCUUUGGCCCCGGUGACCCCGGGUGGGGCUGGGGUGGGGCCCGCAUCAGAGGAGGACAUGACCAAGCUGUGCAACCACCGGCGGAAAGCCGUUGCCAUGGCAACUCUGUACCGCAGCAUGGAGACCACCUGCUCACACUCUUCUCCUGGAGAGGGAGCGAGCCCCCAAAUGUUCCCCACUGUGUCCCCAGGGCCCCCCUCUGCCCGCCCUCCCUGUCGAGUCCCUCCUACAACUCCACUUAAUGGGGGACCUGGCUCCCUUCCCCCAGAACCACCCUCAGUUCCACAGGCCUUCCCCCCUCUAGCAGGCCCUGGGGGGCUCUUCCCACCACCAAGGCUUCCUGACCCCGUGCCCUCUGGAGGCAGCAGCAGCCCCUGUUUCCUCCCAAGGGGCAACGCCCCCUCUCCAGCCCCACCCCCUCCGCCCGCUAUCAGCCUCAACGCUCCCUCCUACAACUGGGGAGCCGCCCUCCGCUCCAGCCUGGUGCCCCCUGACCUGGGCUCUUCUCCAGCCCCCCAUGCCUCCUCCUCACCACCUUCAGACCCUUCUCUCUUCCACUGUAGUGAUGCCUUAACGCCCCCUCCUCUGCCCCCAAGCAAUAAUCUCCCCGGUCCCCCUGGCCCCCCUGGUCCUGCCACUCAGCCACCAGUGUCUUCAGCCCCUAUGCACCUGCCCCUGGUCUUGGGACCCCUAGGAGGGGCCCCCACGGUGGAGGGGCCCGGGGCACCCCCCUUCCUUGCUAGCAGCCUACUCUCUGCAGCGGCCAAGGCACAGCACCCCCUGCUCCCCCCUCCCAGCACUUUACAGGGCCGAAGGCCCCGUGCCCAGACACCCUCGGCUUCCCACUCCUCAUCACCCCGGCCCUCUCAGCGUCGUCCCCGCAGACCCCCAACUGUACUGCGAUUGCUAGAAGGGGGCGGUCCUCAAGCCCCUAGACGGAGCCGUCCUCGGGCCCCUGCUCCCGUCCCCCAACCCUUUCCUCUCCCUGAACCAUCCCAGCCGAUUCUCCCUUCUGUGCUGUCCCUGCUGGGACUCCCCACCCCUGGCCCUUCCCACUCCGAUGGAAGCUUUAACCUUUUGGGGUCAGAUGCACACCUUCCUCCUCCCCCAGCCCUCUCCUCAGGGAGCCCUCCCCAGCCCAGGCGCCCUAUUCCGCCCUCCCUCCCGGGGGCCACCAGUGGCGGCCUCAGCAGUGUGCCAGGUGCCCCUGCCCCACCAGCUGCCUCCAAAGCCCCCUUGGUCCCCAGCCCUGUGCUUCAAAGCCCAUCUGAAGGGCUCGGGAUGGGGGCGGGCCCAGCCUGCCCUCUGCCUCCCCUGGCUGGUGGGGAGGCUUUCCCUUUCCCCAGUCCUGAGCAGGGCCUGGCGCUGAGUGGAGCCGGCUUCCCGGGGAUGCUAGGGGCCUUGCCUCUCCCUCUGAGUCUGGGGCAGCCCCCACCUUCUCCACUGCUCAGCCACAGUUUAUUUGGCGUGCUGGCUGGGGGAGGGGGACAACCUCCCCCUGAGCCCCUGCUACCCCCACCGGGAGGACCUGGCCCUCCCCUAGCCCCAGGCGAGCCUGAAGGGCCUUCGCUUUUGGUGGCUUCCCUGCUUCCACCGCCCCCCUCAGACCUUCUUCCACCCCCUUCUGCACCUCCUAGCAACCUCCUUGCCUCUUUCCUGCCCCUGUUGGCCCUGGGCCCCACAGCUGGGGAUGGGGAGGGAUCUGCAGAGGGAGCUGGGGGUCCAAGUGGGGAGACAUUUUCAGGUUUGGGAGACCUGCCCCCCCUACUGUUCCCCCCACUUUCAGCCCCCCCCACCCUCAUAGCUUUAAAUUCUGCGCUGCUGGCUGCCAGCCUGGAUCCCCCCUCGGGGACACCCCCCCAGCCCUGUGUCCUGAGUGCCCCCCAACCUGGACCACCUACCUCCAGUGUCACCACGGCAACUACUGACCCGGGGGCCUCCUCUCUGGGCAAGGCCCCCUCCAACUCAGGGAGACCCCCCCAACUCCUUAGCCCUCUGCUGAGUGCCAGCCUGCUGGGUGAUCUGUCUUCGCUGACCAGCAGCCCUGGAGCCCUCCCCAGCCUGCUGCAGCCUCCUGGCCCUCUUCUCUCUGGCCAGCUGGGGCUGCAGCUCCUCCCUGGGGGGGGAGCUCCUCCACCCCUCUCAGAGGCUUCUAGUCCCCUAGCCUGCCUGCUACAGAGUCUCCAGAUUCCUCCAGAGCAGCCAGAAGCCCCUUGUCUGCCCCCUCAGAGCCCCACCUCAGCCCUAGAACCGGAGCCUGCCCGGCCUCCCCUCAGUGCCUUAGCCCCACCCCACGGUUCUCCCGACCCCCCAGUCCCUGAGCUGCUCACUGGGAGGGGGUCAGGGAAACGGGGCCGGAGGGGAGGAGGGGGACUUAGGGGCAUUAAUGGUGAGGCCAGGCCAGGCCGGGGCCGAAAGCCUGGCAGCCGGCGGGAGCCUGGCCGACUGGCCCUCAAGUGGGGGGCACGUGGUGGCUUCAAUGGACAAAUGGAACGGUCCCCAAGAAGGACCCACCACUGGCAGCAUAAUGGGGAGCUGGCUGAAGGGGGUGUUGAGCCCAAGGAUCCAUCCCCUCCUGGACCCCAUUCUGAGGACCUUAAGGUGCCCCCAGGGGUAGUCAGAAAGUCUCGUCGUGGCCGGAGGAGAAAAUACAACCCUACCCGGAACAGCAAUAGCUCCCGCCAGGAUGUUACCUUGGACCCCAGCCCUACAACCCGUGCGGCUGUCCCUCUGCCUCCCCGGGCCCGCCCUGGCCGUCCUGCCAAAAACAAGAGGAGGAAACUGGCCCCUUAGCAGCCAUACCUGGAGCUGGAUCUGACCCUGAUUGGGGAGAGCUGAGUGCUGAGCCUUGGGAGCCCCUGCCAGCCACCUGCACCUGUGGACAGUGGGUGGGGGCACUACUCCCCACUCAGAGCACAAAUGCAAGCCCUUCCCCUACAAUCCCAUCCUGAGCCAUUGCAGGGGGUAGGGAAGCUCACCCCCUCCCCCCCAAAGCCAUGUCA